UACAGUUCAACAUAUAUUUAAUAAAAUAAAUAAAUUUAAUUGUAUACACAAUUAAAUUUAUUUAAAAUUCACAAUCUAGCAUAGAUUAACUUAAUAAACUAAAGGCUAAAUCUGAAUACAUAUUUCCCUCAUCGUAGUAGUUAUAAUUAGAUUUAAGUGAUGUGACGUCAAUAAGUGGUACCUUGUAUCCAAUUUUGAAAAUAAAUCUAUUCCAUUCUAUUCUAUUCGUAAGAAACACAGUUUGUAAUAAUUUUACAACGUUGAAAAUAAAGUAUCGAUGUAAACGGCAAGUUAAAAACACAUUGUAGAAAAAGCGGAGCGGAGAACUGCAGUGUGAAAUUUUCAUGAACACCGUCAAUUCGUAAAUUAUAGGCAGAAUCUUAAGGUUAAGCUGAGCAUCGGUAAGCACAUAAAGUUAUACUCACAGCUCAAAAAUACUUAAUCAUUACUUUCAAGAAGGACACUUCUUGUCAACAAGUCUGAUUGAUCCAACGAUGCUCGCAAUGUUGAGGGUGUCAAACUAAAACGAUUAUGUUACGGAAAAUAAAGGCAUGUAUACUUUUAUUAUUUCCGCUAACAUAUAUUAAUAUGUUCUGCCACGAUGUAUGAAACAGAUACUAAUUAACCGUUAACUUUACAUAUGCAUCGCUAUAUCAGCUAGUAAGUCUGUAAUGUUAAACUAAAAGAUGUGAAUUAAUUAACUGGAAGUUCAAACGAGACGGAAAAAUCAACAUUAAAACCAUUUAAUGUACGUAAAAUUUAACAUUUGAAGAGGACAAGUGUUUGUUAUCGGCUAAUAGGGAAAGUACCGAGAACUUGAAUCCAUAUAAAUGGACAUCGAUUAUUUGUGUUGCAUUCAUUUUAGUGCACCGGGAUUGUGGUGGUUAAGCGAUUUUAAAUUAAAAAAAGAGAGCUUCGAAAAGUAUUCAAAGAUAUGUUUGUUGUUGGAGUAUCUUUGAUGGUGAUGACAGGCCUUAUUUCUGGGAUGGAUUCAGGAUAUGAUGGUUUCAUCCACCCAAAGCACCGGUUUCCAUUCUACACCAAGGCAGAUUGGGGAGCAUUGCCGGCCACUGACGUAUACCCCCUCAAGACACCAGUUCCGUAUGUCGUCAUCCACCAUACUUACAUCCCAGGAGCCUGUAACUCCACGGAGCAGUGCAAGCAGUCUAUGAGAUCCAUGCAGAACUACCACCAAAGUCUUGACUGGGGUGAUAUUGGAUAUAACUUCGCUGUAGGCGGUGACGGUGGAGCGUACGAGGGUCGAGGCUGGGAUACGCUUGGCAUCCACACCGGCAAGGCUAACAAUUACAGCAUCGGCAUAUGUCUUAUAGGAGACUUCAGGACGGAACUGCCACCUCCCCAGCAAUUAAUGACGACCAGAGCUCUCAUCCGGGAAGGGGUCUCCAGGGGGAAAAUCAGCCCGAACUACAAACUAGUGGGUCACAACCAGGUCAUGCAGACGGAGUGUCCUGGUGGCGCCCUCUACACUCACAUACAGAAAUGGAAGAAUUACGUACCGGAGUUCGUUUUACCGAAAAAAAUAAAAAAAUAAACUCAUUAUGUAAUAAGAAAAAGGAAGAUUUAUAAAAUAUUUAGAGAUGUCUAAUAUUAUUUUAUUAAUUAGUAAAAAAGUACUAUAUUGAUAAGAGGUGUUUUAAUUUGUCACACUGUUUAACGACAAAGGUCUGUUUAACGAUAAUGUACCUAUUAUGUAGAAUCUUAAGAUAUUAGUUAUAGAGUUUUUUUUUAAUUUUUAAGUUAUAUUAUUCCUCGAAUGUGUAUAAAUCUUUUUUAACCUUUGAAUUAAAUAAAUAUUUCUGAA